ACGCGUUUCACUUUUACUUAUAAAUACAGAUAUUGGUCAUUUAAUGUCUGACAGCAACGCUUUAUAUUGUCUUCGAGUUUUUGUAAGCAGUGUGCGUUCGUCGGGGUGAUUUCUAGCUUUGUGGGGGCAAUUUUUUGUUUGUCAAUCUACGAUGACAAUUUGUCCCUAACCUUUAUCAGGGGUUCAAAACUCAAAACAUACUUUAGGUUGUGGGCCUAACUGUACAUUACAACCCCACCCCCUAUUAUUUAUCCUAAACUUUUUAACACGUCUGUAAAUACAAGCGUCACGUUUGAAUACAACUUCUAAAUGAAAUAUUUAUAAAUAAAUGACUCAACAUCAACUGGUUAGCUACCUGUUUGAGACCACUGUGAUAGCAUCACUGUACAACUUGACAUCAUCAAUUGACUAAUCAUUUUAUGGGCUAUUGUUCAUUUUCCCGAUAGUUUAGAAACAAAAGUGAAAGUCAAGACGAGAUGUGUCGCAUAUUUGGUCACACAAGUGCCAGCAAGGCACUCAUAUAGUAUUCAUAUAGUAUUACUUACAGAGGCCCUAUUAUACUCAUUUUCACACUUCUGUACCCCUAUAGAGUAGCUACACAUGAUACAUUAGAACUCUUUCUAGAGCUUCCAGGCUUUGCACCUCUUCCUGCAGAUGCAUUGUUUCCUUGGGUUUCCUGCCUUUCAUACCUGCCUACUCUGCUGUGAUUGGUCACAUGCAGUCUGCUUGCUGUAUGCACACUCUACGUCUUGUUGCCGGGAUGUCUUACACGGUGGUUUUCUUUGAUCUGGUGACAACCGGGCUGAACACCCGUGGGUGUGACAUCAUCCAGAUAGGAGCCAUCAAUGGUGACCACACCUUCAAUGCCUACACUGUCCCCCGUUGCAAUAUCAGCAAGAAGGCCAGAAAGGUUCACGGGUUUUCGGUGUAUGAUGACGCUCUGUACCAACACAGGUUCUUUAAGCCCACCUUCGAUCUCUACUACGCUCUCGACUCUUUCAUCAACUUCCUGGGCUGCUUCCAAGGGCCUGUGUACCUGGCUGCCCACAACGCCGAUCGCUUUGACGUCCCCGUGCUCAUCAGGGCGCUGGAGGAGUUUUCCCUCCUGGAUAAUUUCUGGGGGGUGGUGGACAAUAUUUUGGACACCUUAUGGCUGAGUGAGAUGCUCUACCCAAAAGGCUCUAUCGACAGUGACUCCCAAGAGCACUUGGUGAAGUACUACCUGAACCAGACAUACAACGCCCUGGAAGAUGCCAGGAUGCUACAGGAGCUCUUUGACUAUUGGCAGCCAAACCCACAUUGCGUUCAGAAUUCCUUGAUAUUCCAGUAGAGAAUUUUAAUGACUUCUUUUAGUUAUUCCACUGUGGAAAAUAAUUUUCAUUCAUUCAUUCAUUCAUUCAUUUUCUACCGCUUUUUCCUCACAAGGGUUGCGGGGUGUGCUGGAGCCUAUCCCAGCUGUCUUCGGGCGAGAGGCGGGGUACACCCUGGACUGGUUGCCAGCCAAUCACAGGGCACAUAUAGACAAACAACCAUUCACACUCACAUUCAUACCUAUGGGCAAUUUUCUAUGAAUAAAGAUCAUGGCCUUAUUUUGUAACCACUUCCUUUGUCGGUCCCUAAUUUAAUGAUCCCUAUUUAGUUCAGGUGCGUGCUCUUUCUGUCGUGGCUUCAUUGUGAAUUGUCGUUGGUUUGGUUCGUUUGGUGGGUUUUGUAUCCUGCUGCUGCCAUUCGCAAUAAAAGAUUCAUUUUUA